AUGGCGGUGUGCUGGAGGCGGCGUAGGUGCAGUGCGCACCUUGGCUCGCGGCCCUUUGCGGCGUCGCCGUGCCUCCUCCUUCUCCUCGUCCUUCUGCUGCUGCUGCUUCCGUUGCCUCCGCACAGCGCAGCGGCCGAAGCAGUAGCUCCUGGCACCCCAGUAAAGGUGCUGCUGCUGAAGCGAAACGACCUUGGCCUAUUCAACGCCAUGUCUAACGCCUUUUACGCCGGCGUGUACGCCUCGCUGAGGGCGCACAGCUCCACGGCUGCGGGCGACGUUCGGGUUGAGAUUGUCGAAAAGGAAGCGAAAGUGGCUGACUUUGCCACCGUCCUGGAGGACGUGAUGCAGAAGGAACAGGACAUCCUCACUCUUCUGGCACAGUUCGGUGACACUCCCGUGAUGAACGUGCGUUCGGUCUUGCCUCGCUAUGACCUUGUCUCUUUUGCCCCGUACGCUUGGUCGAGUGUGGUGCGUGGGUGGAACACCAACGUGUACUUUGUGCGCGCUGGCCCUGCGGCCGAGCUGCUGG